AUGACAAAUCUACUUUCUCCAUCCUCUUCAUCUUCAUCAUCGUCAUCCUCCACAACAACGGCAACUACAAUUAACCAUAGCAAUCAUCAUCAUCACCACCACCACCACCAUCAAGAUCUCUAUCCUUCAUCUAUCUACCAUCACUCAUCCGAAGUUAUUGUUAGUCCACAUCGUUCAUCUCUUCUGAUACAACAAAAACAACGAAGUCAAAUUCUUGAACAAACAGAUUCAGAUUGUGAUCUUGAUAGUUCAUCAUCGUCAUCAAUAACAAAUUCAUCGAAAUUGAAAAAACGACGAGCUAAUCUACCUAAAGAUAGUGUUCGUAUAUUGAAAAAUUGGCUCUAUGAACAUCGUUACAAUGCCUAUCCAACGGACGAUGAAAAAGCCAAUCUAUCUCAUCGUGCUGAUUUAUCUAUCAAUCAAGUUUGUAAUUGGUUCAUAAAUGCUCGUCGACGAAUUCUACCUGACUUACUGAAAAAAGAAGGAACUGAUCCGAAAAAAUUUACCAUAUCAAGGCGUUUUUCACGUGAUCAAAAACGUUCAUCACCCUCGUUGUCGGCGAUGUGUUCGACUAGUGGAGAAAAUACAUCAAAUGAAGCAUCGUCAGCAGCAGCAGAUAUUAAUCUUCUUGUCGAACGAAGUUCCUCACCAUCGUUAAUAUUAACAAAUAAUUCAAGUGUUCUAAAUAAACAAUCAUCAUCAUCAUCCUCAUCAUCAUCGUCGUCAUCAUCAUCUAUCGAACCUUGUUAUACAACGAGGCAUCAUGUUCUACUAAAACCUAUACGUGAUCCAGCUGUUAUCAAUUUAAUAUCAAGUGAACAACAAACACGUCUCGCUUGUCCAAAUGAUUCAUUAAUAACAACGACGACGACGAAUAGUAGUUCUACUGGUGAUCUAGCCGGUUUUCAACUUCUUGUCGAUGUAGCCGUGAAGGAACUACAUCGAAUACAACAGGANAUCGAACCUUGUUAUACAACGAGGCAUCAUGUUCUACUAAAACCUAUACGUGAUCCAGCUGUUAUCAAUUUAAUAUCAAGUGAACAACAAACACGUCUCGCUUGUCCAAAUGAUUCAUUAAUAACAACGACGACGACGAAUAGUAGUUCUACUGGUGAUCUAGCCGGUUUUCAACUUCUUGUCGAUGUAGCCGUGAAGGAACUACAUCGAAUACAACAGGAUAGCAAUAGUGGUCUGCCACUACUUUGCAACUAA